AUGGCAUGCAGUAAUGAAUUAAUACAGAAUUUAAUUAACCGGGUUAAUGACAAAAAAUGUGGUAAAGUGCAGUCUUCGUGUAAAUACAGCGAAGAAUUACGAAAGUUUGCUAUCACUAUACACUUUUAUAGUCCAAGGGCAUAUUAUUAUUUGCGUGAAAAAUUUGAUUUGUGUCUUCCACAUGUUAACACAUUGCGUACCUGGUACGCCAGAUUGGACUGUGAACCUGGAUUUACUCAAGAAUCUCUAAUCACUAUUAAAAACAUGAAAGAAAGGAAGCCUGAUCUAAAAUUAUGUCUUACUUUCGAUGAAAUGAGUAUUCGUGAACACACAGAAUGGGUAGGCCAGAGACAUUAUGGAUUCGUCAAUUUAGGUAAUGACUUAGCUAUGGAUGGUGCUGCAAUUGCGAACCAGGUUUUAGUUUUUAUGGUUGUGGCACUGAAUUCGUUUUGGAAAAUUCCAGUAGGCUACUUUCCGGGCAGAGGAUUCACGGCAUCCCAAAAAGCAAAUCCUUUAAAAAUAUGUCUGGAUUUAUUACAUCUUACGGGAUGUGAGGUAAUUUCCAUUACAUUUGAUGGCAUUGCAUCAAAUAUGAACAUAGCCCAGCUUAGGUGCAGAUUUUUCUUUCGGACCUAA